AUGCAAGAAAUUCUCAUUGCUCCUGCACUUGAGAUCAACGAAACGGAUGAAGAUGAAUUCAACGCUCCUGUUGUUGAUGAACUCACCGAACAUCAACUUUUACUGCUAACCCCCCACGCUCUAGCAUAUGUACUAAAACACAAGCAAUGGAUUCUGAUCUCAUUGGACCACGUUCAAGAAUCUGCUCCGUCAUCUGAGAGUAUUUCCAACCUUGUCAUCGGAGAGGCCGAGUUGAGAACUAUCCAAGUUCUCUCAAACCGUCAAAAUAGCAAGAUCAAACACUGGUCAGCGGACUUUAUCGAGGGAAAGGGAUCGGGGCAAAUUAUAUUACUGCACGAGGCUAUUUCCGAGUGGCUACACCGGCCACUCCUUGCGCUGACAGUCGCUGAUAUCGGCACGGUCGAAACUCUAGUCGAAGUCGAACCCUUGAAGUGGUUUAACCUCGCAGAAGCCUGGAAUGCCGUCCUUCUCGUCGAUGAAGCCGACAUCUUCCUCGAACGUCGACAAAAUCGAGAUCUUGCUCGGAAAGGAUUGGUAUCAGCCUUCCUACGGCGAAUGGAGUACUUCAAAGGCCUCCUCUUCCUAACCACCAAUCGCGUCGGCCAAAUAGACGACGCUUUUAUAUCCCGUGUCCACAUCGCAAUCGGAUACCCAUCCCUUAGCGAAGACGCACGUCGCAAGGUCUGGAACGGCUUUUUCCGGAAACUAGUUUGUGACCGAGCGGGCAAGAUCCAGAUCUCCCCGGACGCGAAGGCAUGGGUUCUAGAGACGGCGGGCGAGACACAGCUCAAUGGACGGGAUAUCCGCAAUGCAUUACAAACGGCGAUUACACUGGCAGAGUUUGAGAGUGAAGAGGAUCCUGACUAUGACGAAACCUUGGUGACGAUUGUCACUAAAGCGCAUUUCCAGAAGGUGUUGGACAUGUGUAAUCGGUUCCGUCCUAUGUGA